AACCAUCUUCAAGCUGUAUAACACAGUGCGUGACAUUCGGGGUGUUGUGUCAGUGUGAAAUUUUAUUUGUGGACGAAAGCGGUUUUUGUUUCUUUUUUACAAAGUAAAAUACCUCACAAUUUUCCACCUCAUUCUCAUCACGAAAAUACCUCACUUUGUGUUCAACGUGCGGCGUAUUUGUGAAAAAUAUGUCAUCCGGACGACCGAUCAAGUGUGUUGUUGUCGGCGAUGGAACCGUCGGGAAGACCUGCAUGCUCAUCUCAUACACCACGGAUAGUUUUCCAGGCGAAUAUGUGCCCACCGUUUUUGAUAACUACUCAGCCCCAAUGGUUGUGGAUGGGAUCCAGGUAUCACUGGGUCUGUGGGAUACAGCGGGCCAGGAGGACUACGACCGUCUGCGCCCGCUGUCGUACCCACAAACGGAUGUAUUCCUCAUAUGCUUCAGCGUAGCCAGUCCUUCCUCCUUUGAGAACGUCACGUCCAAGUGGUACCCUGAGAUUAAGCAUCACUGCCCAGACGCUCCUAUGAUUCUUGUGGGAACCAAAAUUGACCUCCGAGACGACCGGGAGACGCUCACGUGCCUGGCGGAGCAGGGUCUCUCGCCGCUAAAACGAGAGCAGGGCCAGAAGCUCGCCAAUAAGGUGCGAGCUGUUAAAUAUAUGGAGUGUUCAGCGCUCACACAGAGGGGCCUCAAACAGGUAUUCGAUGAGGCGGUGCGGGCCGUGCUGAGGCCGGAGCCACUGAAGCGACGCCAACGAAAAUGUGUUGUUAUGUAAAAAAGAAACCAAGUCAGAGUAAGAGAAACAUUUAAAAUGAAAUUUAAUCCAAAUUUACAAGAGAAGCAACUCAACCCAGAGCUCCCCCGACUUUAUUUACGCGGACUCGCGGUGUCACUCUCCGUGUCAAUUUUAGUUUCCAUCUUUGGAAUCAAUUCAGCCACAAAAUACAUCUUAUUUUUGUCAUUUCGAUGUAGCAGAAAAGGAGUGCCAUAGAGAGGAAUUUUUAUGUUUUUUUUUUAAUAUUUUGAGAAUCGUGGGAGUUUUUUAUAUUAAAAACAAACUUUUGUGCAUUUUUGUAGCAAAAAAGAAACUCAAAUUUAUAAUUUUUUUAAUAGAAAACAAAAAGAACUGAUAAAAAGGAUUUUUUUAAACUGUGAGAAGAAAGCAUUUCUCCCUAACUAACUUCUUAAAUUUGCUAACUGUACGAUAUACCCUAAACCUUUUUAUAAUAAAUAGAAAUUUUUUAUAGAACUUUUUAUUCGAGCAGCUUCUUUUCUAUAAGAGAGAGAAAGAAACAAAAUAGUAGAAAAUACUUUUUCGUAGCAUUUAGGAAAUCUAAUAUGUUUUGCAUUUAUGGAGACUAACAUAAAUUUUGAAUGAGAAUUUUUAUUUAAAGAAAAACUUUUGAGGUAUUUACUGAUAAGAACAAAUUUGGUAGAGUUUUGUGGAAAGUUUUUAGGAUUGCAUGAUAAUUUUGUUUGAAAAAUAAAUAAUCAUAUCGAUUAAAACUUUUUAAAAAAGUUGAAAAACAAAUUGAGUCAUUCAAGCAAAUAAAUUCAGCAUUUGUAGUAAAAUCGUUAUCUUGAGUCUAAAAUCAGCAAUUAAAAAAUAAUUUAAAAUCUAAUUCAAAUUUCCAACACCUUAAGAACUAAAUUCAAGGCUUUAAGUUAAAAUUCAGCAACUCAAAAAAAUAUUCAAACUGCUGAAUUUGUUAAAUUUUCCUAAAUUUAAUUAAUUUUGCUGAAAUUUUUUUAAUCAAAAUUUCAGAUUUAAAAGUUUUUUCAGUUGCUGAUUAUUUCCUUAAAUGCUAUUUGAAAAUUCAAGUGACUAAUUUCAAUUUUAAUCAGUCUUUAUUUAUCGAUUAGCCAUUGAACUGUUUAUUCAUUUGCCAUUUUUUCAAUUAUUUGUAAGCAAUGUUGUAAGCGUUUCUUUAAUAAAUUUCCUUUGUUAUGGAAUUAAUCUAUCAUCAGGACCCAGAAAAAUAUAGGUUGCAGAUACAAAAUAUUUAAGAGACGCAAAAACAAAUUUCUUGUAAACAGUGUUAACUUCUCUUUACAAUUUAUGAAUUUGAGUUUUUAUCUAAUACAUACCAUCAUGUAAAUCAUCUUGUCCAUUAAUACAAUGAUUUACUUUAUCAAGUAUCAUUUACAUUUUUUUUUAACUUUCUAUGAUUGAAUCUAUAUGAUAAUCCGAGACUUGGUAUUGGGCCUUAUUCAGCGACCAAGAAAUCCUUGAAAUUCGCUUUUAAUAUCGAUACAAAAUUCAAAGAUUUCAAGGAUUUCUUGGUCGUUAAAUAAGGCCCAUUGUUUUAAUUUGCUGAAUAUUACAAUUGAAAAUUUGCUGAAUUAUUCAAAGUCUUAAUUUUUGUUUAUUCUGAUAUGUUAGGGUUAGGUCUAUUCAGAACCCUAAAUACUGAAUAGUUCAGUUUGAUUAAUUCUUUGUUUUCUUUUUAUUAAUUCAAAAACAAAAUAAAUCUCAAUAAAAUCCACAAAACUCAUCACAAAUUAAGCCAUAAAAGGCAGUAAAUACCUCGAAAAUUUCCUUGGUGCGAAGACUGAGUUGAGCAGCCAUAUUAACUUCUAACAUUGUGAAGGGAUAUUGACAAAAAAAAAAUGUUUUAAAAGAUAUAGAAGUAGAAAAAAUGGAAAAAUACGAAAAUAUUCUUUGAGAAAUAACCAAAAUUUAUCUGCAAGAUUAAGAAGAAGAAAAAUUAAAUAAAAUGCAAAAAAUGAAUGUUGGUGGAAGUUAGAACAAAAUAAAAAGAACCAAACUUUUACAAUGUUCGCCAUAAGUAUUUAAGUGGUGGAGGAAAAGUGAAUCUAAUUUUGUAACAGCGACGUCUCUCUGUGUUUUUUAUUCUCAUUCGUAAUAUUUUAAAACCAAAGCACGUAAUUUUUAGUAAAGAAGAAGAUUGAAAUGACGACGAAGGAAUCUCCUUUUUUUAUACAAAAAUAAUUAAAGAAAAUUAAAUGCCAUGUAUUAUUUUUUAUAUCAGAACUUUCUACGCCCCCCAAUAGUCUAGUCACAGUAUUUUGAAGAACAAAAAAAAUGAAGAAAAA